AUGGAUCAUUUACCGCACGGUGGUCAUCCUGUACCUUUGGAAAUCCCGUAUCUCAGCAAGGAGCCAUACAACCAUGAAGGAGAGUGGCUAGAAUACCCCUCCACUCAAGGAUUCAACCUCGAUCAUCUUCGAGUCAAUGCCUUUUAUCACUACCCGCCAGAUACUGUCGCCGCUUUCCUCCAAUCGUGGCUCUUUUUCGGCCUCAUCUUCUCCGUUCUUCCCUUCAAACCAGAUGUCGAUGACUUUCUCAACGAUAAUGAAAAGGGGAGAAAGUUUAUCACAACAUCCGAGCUACCGGUCUAUUUUGAAAAAUGGAAGCGAGGCGUUGAAAUGCUUUCUAAGGAAGAGAAACUCUCGCUAUGGCGGAAGAAUCAUUUGGUUCUAGAGGAUGCUCACAGGACUAUAUGUUAUAUUUCGGGCUGGCCAGAAACCAUGCCCUUAACUAUGAGCCCGAUCCCGCCCGUGAGCAGGGAGAUGGCUUUGUCAUUCGCCCUCUUGGGUCGGGCUUUAGAGCUUGCCAAUAGGGAGAUUCUGAAUCCCGAGGCACGAGAGGAUCGUCUAGGGUGGUCAUCCGGUUCACUGCUCCUCGAGCAUAUGGAAAGCCAGGGCUGGUGUCCGUUUUUGGUUGCCGGCAUUGACCACACCUUCGAAAUUGAUGGAAAAUAUUACGCCUCGACUAUCGGCCCUCCAAGGGUACAGCGGAAUCAUAGAAGGUGCACAGAUGAAAUGUGCACGUACAGAAGCAAUGGCAUCCAACACGUUACGCCCACUUGCCCAUGUCUCAUGUUCAGCCCCGACAUCGACAAAAUGAGUGAGAUCUUAGCAGAAGACAAGCUACCCCUCCUCCUUUUCGUGACGAACUCGGAUGGCAAAGGAGGGGAAUUGAAAGUUGUCCCAGGAGAAAGUGGAACCAACUACGUUGCCAUGUCUCAUGUUUGGAGUGAUGGGCUUGGUAACUUUGCUGGUAACAGCAUGCCUGCAUGCCAGCUUGAUCGUAUUCAGAAAGCCGUGGAUAGCCUAUAUCAUGAUGAAUUGACCAGCGACGAUUCUCAAAUCACUUCUGUGCCAUUCUGGAUGGAUACGUUACUCAUCCCAAACGAUCCCAAGCUCGAAAAGAUCAAAGAUGCAACAAUUGUCAACAUGACCCAGAUUUACAAGAACGCCAAGGAUGUUCUUGUGAUAGAUUCUGAAGUGGCCACUUGCAGUUUGUUCUCAGAUCCACUGAGUGUUCUUCAUCGCAUUCUGCUAUCGAACUGGCUGCGCAGAUUAUGGACGCUUCAGGAAGGGGUAUUUGCAAGUUCAAUACACUUCUUGUUAUCAGACGGAACAACAUCUCUGGGGGCUCUGUUGUAUGAAGGUGAAAGUAGGAUUGGAGUUGGCAUUAAAGCGUGGACGAAGAGCCAUUUCACGUACCGAUUUGGGCGGGGACUUGGACAAAGUAGCAAGUCCGUCUUGAUUGAAGCCAAGGACCCAGACGACAGCCGCGAUGAAGAUUUGUCGGCUACGCAAAUUGUUCUGUCGCCUGAGAAGCAGGCAUGGCGUCUGUGGGAUAACGAAGGUGCAAUAAUACGUGUUGUUAGAGCCGUUGCAGAUCGAGUAUCGACUUUCCAAAGCGACGAGGCUCUAUGCCUAGCUUUGCUUCUGGGGAUUGACGCCAGGUCAAUCAUUGCUGCAAAGAACAAACUUAAGGCAAGGGAGGACCUCGAGAAGGCACAGCCAGACAAGUUUAAGUCCUCUGAAGCGCAACAGGAGAGACUCAAACUCGAGAAAGAACCAAUGCUGACACUCUUGAGACUGGUCGAUGGAUCGAUUCCCCCAGGCGUAUUACUACUUCCAGGGCCUUGGCAGGACGAGUAUGGGUUCCGAUGGGCGCCUAAAUCUUUUCUCAAUGGUCCUCACAACUCAAGCACCCUCGACAUUUAUCCUCUUUCGAUACCCCGGGAGGUUCCUAGUAAGGGAUCCCUUGACCGGCUUCCAAGUUCUCUCUGCCGUGGGGGUGGCGGAUUGAAAGUUGUGUUUCCAGGAUUUCGACUUGGAGAAGUGAAAGAAAACUGCUACCUCGAGAAAACAUUCGUCAUUGAUACUCUGCCAUCGCUAGAUCUUGGUGUCAAGGAAGAGGUUGCUGAAGGAAACCCACCGCGGGUGUGGCAAGUCCUAUAUAGGGAUGACCCAGAUGAUCCGCCGUGGAUUGAAGUCAGACCGAAUUGGCAGAAUAGCUCGAGUAUGGGCAUUAUAAUCUGCUCUUAUACGCGACAUUGGCAAAACAAUGCACUUACCGGAUUGAUGGUUCGCCUGAAGGGAUCAGCCGUCGAAGAAGGGGAGAAAUCGAUGCAUGUUGAAAGGAUCUGUAAGGUCAUCAUUUGGGGAGCACCGGAGUAUGAUGAUCAGUCUUGGGUUAGGGAACCUGAAAAACGUGUCUCGGGGUCAUGGCUGCCGGUGACACAGAAAUGGUGCGUGGACUAGAUGUAGGAUACUGGCAGGAGUUGUAGAACCUUUCUGAUUGAAGAAUUUCACCACGCAUUGUUCAGUGGGUUGCUCGGUG